AUGGCACCGCUGCUGCUGCUGAGUCUGGGGCUGAGCCUGGUCUCUGCCCAGACGCUCAACCUGCGAUCCGUCGUGCGCAGGAACUACAACAUGGCCAAGGUCUCAGGGACCUGGCUCUCAGUAUCCAUGGCCUCGAACGACAUGAACCGAAUCGGCGAAAACGGGGACCUGAGGGUCUUCAGCAAGAACAUCAAAGCCUUGCCAGACGGCAGCCUCCAGUUCUCCGUCCACUUCAUGCUGCUCGGGGACUGCGUGGAGGUGACCAUGGUCUGUGAGAAGACAGAGAGGAACGGGGAGUACACCUUGGACUACAAGGGAAAAAACAAGGUGCUGAUCUCCGAGACCGACUACAACAUGUACAUCACCUUCCACCUCCACCACGUCAGCAACGGCACCGAGACCCGCGUGCUGGCGCUUUACGGUACCUGCCAAAAAUACGGAAUUGGGCCACAGAACAUCAUCUACCUGGGUGACAAAGCUUUCUGUCCGGACCUCGGUCGAGCCUGCUGGGCUGUGGCAGGGAGGCGUGGGAAGCGGCCCACUCAGCUGGGCCUGCUGGUGCUGGAGCUGGCGUUGGGGGAGCAGAGCACGUCUGCCCGGAAGGGUGCUCGAGAGGUGGCUGCCGACGGUGCGUGA